CAUUUUUUUAUUUCCUUUGAGAAACUAUCAUUUCGUUAAUUUUAAGCUGCCACAUUUUUGGAACAGAAGAGACAGAUGUGAUAAUGAAUAAUUUGGCCUAACAUAGUAGCUAUAGCACACUGCAUAAUUGUGUCAAUGAUAUCCACAAAAGCAGAUACUUUUUUCAUGCCUUUUGUCUUGCCCCGCACAGCAUACACUAAAUUUGAAAUAUCUGUCUCAGUUGUUCCAUGGCCUAAGUUAGAAUAUGCUCAUCUCCAGCAUGUCCCUUUCUUCUCUUCCCACCUUUCCAAUGCACCCUUCUCUUCAACCUACUAAGUUUGUCACCAACAGUGAUACAGCAACAGAAGCAGUUACACUGGUCAAUGCUGCUGUCCAGACAGAGGUGCCUGUAAUUGGAAACGGUGAAAAUGGGAGAAUAGUUGGGUUUAGAAAAUCUUGGUUUCUGAGCUCAAGGGAAGAAGCAGAGCUUUGUUUAGGUCUCAGGGUAUCCUCGGAUAAAACACAAACACCAAAACAGCAGGGAGCAAAGACUGAAGUUGCUAAGCCAAAAACCAAAGGGCUUGAAGAGCCUUCUGCAAUCACAAGAAGGUCCGUACUUAGUUUAGAUAAGGCUAUGUGCAAUGAAAGACAAACAAAAGAAAGACUGGCUCAUGACUAUCGCGGAUUAGUUACCUCUAUUGCAGCAGGGUAUAAAGGCAAAGGAUUAAGCCUUCAAGACCUCAUUCAGGAAGGAACCAUUGGACUUCUUAGAGGAGCAGAGAAAUUUGAGCCAGAGAGAGGAUAUAAACUAUCCACAUAUGUUUACUGGUGGAUUAAGCAAGCCAUGAUUAAAGCCGUAGCCAGAAAGUCUAGAUUGGUGAGAUUACCGGGUGGCAAGUGUGAGUUGGUGGCCAAAGUUGCUCAGGCCAACAAUAUCUUGAGCACAAGACUGAGGAGAAAGCCCACAUACGAUGAAACUGCUAAAGUUCUCAAUGUGAAGACUUCCACCAUUAGGCUUGUUUCUGAAAAGAGCAGAGCACCAAUUUCAUUGGACAAAGUUGUAACUGAUUGUGGCCACAUGACACUUCAGGAGAUUAUAGCAGGGCCAGAGGAGAUUACUCCAGAGAAGAUGGUUAAGAGGCAACUAAUGAAGGAGGAAGUGAUGGAUCUUCUUAAGACACUUAGCAAGAGAGAAGCAGAGAUUGUGGCAUUGCACUAUGGACUGAAUGGAGAUACCCCUCGGUCUUUCAAGGAGAUAGGAGGAAUGAUGCAAUUGUCAAGGGAGAGAAUCAGACAGAUUAAUGGAAUUGCAUUGUCAAAAUUGCGACAAACCAGUUUUAUAGAUGAUCUCAAAUUCUAUCUUGUAUAGAAAAACAAUACUGAAAAAGAAGAAACUAAAAUCAAUGUAUAGAAAGCAUGCAUGUUAAACCAAGUGUUCACUAUAUGCCAAUGUACAAUUUUACCACAAACCAAAACAAAUGUUAUAUUAAUACAGGGAAAUUUAUACGUAACUCAAUUCCACAAAUACUUUCUGCAAUAAUCAUGGAAAAUACUUUCUAGAUUCUAGA